AUGUCGACUAAAGUAGAGCAGACGUCCGAGCCAAGAGGCCCCAUCGCUGCCCAGAUCUCCCCAUUCACAUCCUCCGCUUCCCUCCCUUCGUACCCUUUCCCCCUCCCCCAAUCACCGCCAACGCCCCCCUCCCGGCCCUCCUCCGCUGACAAAACGUCAUUCGCCUCUUCCAGAACGCCCUUCCAGAACACUCUGCUCGACCAUACCCCGGCCGCACCCCCCCUUCCCGCACCCCCCUCCAGCGCACGAUCCCUCCGACACACCCCCGCCCCCCCGUCACCCCCGCCCCCCGUCCCACUCCCCCGACGCCCCGCCGCCACGCUCCACGACACAUAA